UAUAUUUCAUGCCAUUGCAAAUAUGAAAUGAAUAUUUCAUAAAAUUAAAAAAAAAGUCUUGUUUUCAGUACCCUGGCCAGUGACCCGCUUUUGUAUUCAUAAGUCCCUCCUGCCCAUUCACGUCUUUCUUUUUAUGUAUAAAAAUCCAUUAAGUGCAAAGACGAACGAUUCAUUUCAUUUUAACAUCAGUGUUUUCAGUCGGUUGAUGACAUUUGUUUAUUUUUUUUAUUGUUUCUUGUAAGAAUAUUGAGAUUUAAGUUUAAAUUCUAAAACAGAUUUUUAAAUUCCAUGUUAUUUGUUGAUUUUUCGGUGCACUGCUUGGUUUUGAGCUCGAAGUGCCGCUGUUGGCUAGUUUGUAUCAAAUACACUGCAGACUCGUUUUACCUCCCAUCACGUCUUUAUUUUAGACAGAGAAAGAGAGAGAAGCGAAAUGUAUGGUCGAUUCACUCAUCGUCCUGGAUAUCUACACAAUUUUCUUUCUUUGAAUAAUUCAUAAUCCUCGUGGAAUUUUUUUUUAAUACGUUAUUUUAUGGAAUACAAUAUAUUUUGGUUCUUAGGACUUUGCCUGUGGAUCACGUCGGACAAACAAUGAGAAGGGAAGUGCUGUUGUUUUUCUCGGCCCAUUUCGUCUGCUCGGUGCUCGGUCAGGUCAGCUACUCCGUUCCCGAGGAAAUGCCGAAAGGUUCUCUAGUCGGUAAUGUUGCUGAAGAUUUUGGUUUGGAUAUUAAAAGGCUAAAAACAGGAAAAGCUCGAAUAUUUAGUCGAGACGGCGAUAAAUAUGUUGAGCUGCAUAAUGAAAGAGGCGUCCUUCUCAUCAAAAACAGAAUAGACAGAGAGACGCUGUGUGGACAAACGACGCCCUGUUCGCUGCAUUUCCAGAUUAUAUUAGAAAAUCCCAUGGAAUUUUAUAGUGUUACUCUUGAGAUUACAGAUAUUAAUGACAAUCCUCCUUCGUUUGAAAAAAGCGAUGUGAAAUUCAAAAUAAGAGAAUCGGCUGUCCGUGGGGCUAAAUUCAUUUUAGAUCGUGCUUUUGAUCUCGAUGUGGGCGUAAACGGAUUAAAGACCUAUACACUUGAACCAAAGGAGCAUUUUGUGGUCAAGUUACAUGAUCAGGCAGACGGUUCCAAGAAUGUUGAAAUGAUUUUGGAGAAACCGCUUGACAGGGAAAAACGGGAACACAUUUCUUUGGUUUUGACUGCGCUGGAUGGGGGAGAGCCACAGAUGACUGGAACAAUGCAGAUCCUCAUCACUGUUUUAGAUGCCAAUGAUAACGCUCCUGUUUUUACACAACCGGCUUAUAAGGCUUCAAUCAGAGAAAAUUCCCCGGUAGGAACAGUUGUAAUGGCAGUCACGGCGACAGAUGCAGACGAAGGCUCCAAUGGUAGAAUUACGUAUUCAAUAUCUAGUAUAAUUGAAAAUGCGCGCGGGGUAUUUGGAGUAAAUGCUGAAAGUGGUGAAAUUACACUGAGAAGAGAUGUUGACUAUGAAAAAGUUAAUUCGUUUCAAAUGAAUAUUCGUGCAAGUGAUGAUGGUGGCCUAGAAGACUCUUGUAAAGUGACGAUUGACGUAAUAGACGUAAAUGACAAUCAACCCAGUAUCGAAAUUAUAUCCAAAUCAAACGUUAUAUCAGAAGAUGCCACUGUCGGUACUGUUGUGACGAUGAUAAACAUAGAAGACUCAGAUUCAGGAGACAAUGGAAAGGUCCACUGCUAUAUAAAUGAAAAUAUACCGUUUCUGAUGAAAUAUUCAACUGGAGAAUUUUAUAGCUUAAUAACAGAGAAUGAACUAGAUAGAGAAAUAGCAUCCGAGUAUAACAUCACAGUGACCUGCUCUGAUGAAGGAGUACCUUCCCUCUCUAGCAGCGUCACUGUCACUUUGCAGAUNUCCACCUCGUUACUCAGACACUUUGGGAACAGGAACUCUGCCACACGUGUACAAUUAUGAGGUGUGCAGGACGACUGACUCCAGAAAGAGUGACAAUAAGUUCGGAAUAGCUGGUAGUCAGAACAUGUUGAUAAUGGAUUCCAGUUCUACAGGGACAAUGCAGCGGAUGCAAAGUGAGAAGAGCAUCCUGGAUGAACCCGACUCUCCUCUUGAG